UUACCAAUAAUUCAACAAUAUAAUACAACAAUUAUUUUUCUUCAUACAUUUUAGGGGGGUGCGAUCGCAUCCUCUGCGCCCCCCUGCAUCUGCCCCAGAAAUAUAAAAAAACAUUAAAAUUUACAAGAAUGAUGAAAAAGAAUUACCUACUCCCAUGUUCCAAAUUUGAGUACCCCUAAAAAUAAAUCUUCUACCAGAUUAAGUUCCCUGCAGAACUGGAUCUGGUAGAAUAGGUAUGAACCAGAGGUGGCGCUAGUGUGGAGGCCGGGGGCCAUGACUCCCUUGUCAGCGAGAAAAACCAUAAAUCGUUGUUGAGAAAUAAAAUUUAUAUGUAUUUUUUACAUAUUUGUAGACUCCAAAAUCGAUUAAAUAAGCCUUUAAAACCCCUGAAUUGUCAUAUUUUUAGGGGGCUUCGCCCCCUGGAACACUUUUGAUAUACUUUGAGCGAUGUCCAACCACACCCACUUUUUUUGUCGGGGACACCGGCCUCACUCCCGGGGACCUUGGACCCCGGCCUGUCUGGCAAAAUUCUUGCUUCACCACUGGUAUAACACUAAGUGAAAGUAUUUUGGAGGGAAGAGAAUCUGCCUUUGUUAACUUAGAUGAAUAAAUGAUCAUUUCCCCUUUCGAUAAAAAAAAGACUAACAAAGAGAAAUAAGCUAUGAGAAGUAUUAUUGAAAAGAGAAGGCUAACCUCUACCCCCUAAUUUGUUAAUUUUGGCAAAAUCCCCCAAAAUUGAGAUUUCGAUGGAUUUGGUAACUUUACCUAUUAUACUAACUACCUGGCAAACUUUCAGAAUGAUAUUUUUUUAAUCAUUAGAAAAAUGAAAUUUAAAAUAUUCAAUAAUUACAAUAAAGUAUAUUAUAUACAAACUUUGACCUUGAAUUUCUCAGUUUCAUAAAAUUUUGACUUUCUGACCUCAUAACUUCCUAAUGCCUUGACCAAAUAGAGUAAAACUUUCACUGUAGUUUGCUAUUAUGUAUAUAAUUUGGGUAGCAUGGCCACUUUUGGGAAAAUGUGUACCAGUUUUUAGAAAUUUAGAACAAAUAUGCGAUUUUUUGAGGAGAAAAAAAAUAUUUUUAUUAAAAAAUUAUAUUUCAUAAGCUAUGAUAGUAUUUGUAAUUUUCUCUGUGCUACCAUAAUUCUGUAUCAUAUAUUUAUAUAUGUGAAAAGAAUUUUUUUUAAAUGAAAACCCAGGAGAAAAAUUGUCAGAUCUUUUAUAUACUUUUUUUUUGUCUAAAAGGCUAUUAAUAUGCAAAUUAGGUGACCUUUGACCUCAAAAAAUUUGGUUUACUAUGAUUGAUGUUUGGACCAAAUAUGAACUCUAAAUGCUUAUUAUUUAAUUUUGUUCAUUUAGGGUAGAGGUUAGCAAAAAAUCCUCAAAUUCGAGUGAGUCCAAAUACAGGAUAUGGUAAUGAGAUAUUUUAUAUAAUAAACUUCCUUGUUUUAUGUAACAUGACAGGAUAAUAAAACGAUAUUAAGUACAGCAACAGUGGGCACUCAAAAGCCACAUGUACUUUGACUUAUUAACCAUUGUUUUAUACAUAGGCCUAGUUGUUUCAACACUGACUAAAAAUAAUUUUAGCUGCUUUUUUUUUGUUUGUUACAAGAUAGCCACAUAGUCGUUUCGACUAGUGGCUAAUAAUUAGCCACGCCCUUAAAUAAACAUCAAACGGAUACAGACCGAUACAAACAUAGUCCUUAACUCGCCUAACUCUCUUAAGAGGGUUAUUGAGGAGCUGAGCGUUUAUUUGUUGUAAUAUAAAGAGCCGGGUAUCGAAGAGGCAGGAACCAUACGAAUUAGCCAAACGCUCAGCUCAGUUUACAGAGAUUUCGAAUGGAAAGAAUAAACGUCAAGAUGGAUGACUGCGUGCUAAACCAAGGCCUAACUUUGUAUCAUGUAAAGUUCAGGGAUUCCUUCAACCAUGGCAAGGAGGAGUGCACUAAAGUGGACCUACAAGAGAAAGAGUUGGUGUUAACGGAUCAUAUGACAGGGAAAAGAUUACUAAAACUGCUGUACAAAAACAUUACAUCCAUGUACAGUGAAGGGGAAUCCGUGGGCUUCCAAUGCGGCAGAGGUAGUGACAGACAGGAGGUGGUCCUUACCACAAGCUCCAGCAACUUCAUGUUUGCUUACAUAACCGAGAGAAAAUUUGGAAAUCGGGAAGUGAAAAUUCGCCGAAGUUGGGGGAUGGACACUGAUGCCUCGGACCGAGUGGUUUUCAGUGAAUUAAAAAAACAUGAUAAUCCUGAUAAAGCGCCUGAUGAUGCUGAUCACAGAAGCAUUAAAGCGCCCGACAAUACCACCAUGAAAAAAAAACUAGAGCACACCAAGCACAUAUUUCAUCCACUAGAUCAAAACAAACCACCUUCACAUUAUAUGUGCAUGGAUCCCAGCAAAGCCCCAACUACAAGUGUACACACAGACAAAAAGUCUUCAGAAAACCCUGUGAAAGCAUCAUGCCCAGAUCAAGAUCUCCGAUUCAGUGUGCUCGUACGUGAAAACACAUUUCUCUGGAGUUCUGUUAAUGGAGAAAGUACGCUGAUUUUAUGUAGUGACAAAUUGUUACUUGACAAUUCAUAUGUAAAGACAGAGGAGUGGUUUUACAAGUACAUCAAGAAUCACACACUGUCAGGACAAACAAUAGAAUUCACCUGUUGUGAAAAAUCUCCUAUGGGCGCAGGCAAAAUCGUCUUUGACUGCUUUGAAAAUGCUAGUAUAAUUGAUCAAAUUCUAGUACAAUACAUAGAUACUUUUUAUGUGGAGGUGUCUCAAGAAGAUGAUAUCGCAAGACGUUUCAGUCUCGAAGGUGAAUACAAACUAAUCGUUCAUUAUGAUUUCCUCGAAUUAUGUCGUCUUGAUGGUACACUGUGCCACUAUUGGCGCUAUAAAAAAAUUCGAUCAUACAGACAGAAAGGAUCAUCAUUUUUCAUUACCUGUGGCCGAGGAAGUAGUACUGGUGAGGGCAAUAUAGCUUUCAAGACAGAAAAAUAUAAAGAAAUCUUUGAAAAAGUGGAUGAGAAUGUGAAGGACAUUCAAAAGAAUUCUACAAAAAAUAAGUAGCAAAGGACUACAAUUAUGAUAUUGAAAUAUUUUUUUCUCAAAAUCAACCAAGAAAAAAUCAAAGAUUCAACUUGAUGUCUACACAUCUCUUCCUGAACUGGCGUUUACUCAUUUUUGAAUAAUCCUAGUCAUUAGACGAUAGUGCACAUUGAUUCUAUGGGUUCGAUGGGUUGUGAAUCAAAAUUGGGUGGAGCGAAUCGACUCUCACUUGGCU